AUGGCUUCUCAGCCUGAAGAGCACAAGAAGAAGGUCAACCUGACCGACCCCUCCGGCGCGGAGAUCAAGCAUGAAGAUGACACCGCCACUGCCAUUCUCAAGAAGAAGAAGAAGCCCAACCAGCUGAUGGUUACCGAUGCCGUCAAUGAUGACAACAGCAUCAUUGCCCUGUCCGAGGCUACCAUGGACACCCUCCAGCUCUUCCGCGGCGACACCGUCCUCGUACGAGGCAAGAAGAGAAAGGAGACAGUGCUCAUCGUUCUUGCCGAUGAGGAGCUUGACGAGGGAAGUGCUAGAAUCAACCGAGUCGUCCGUCACAACCUCCGAGUGAAGCACGGCGAUAUGAUUACCAUUUCUCCUUGCCCCGAUAUCAAAUAUGCCAAGCGAAUUGCUGUGCUCCCCAUUGCCGACACUGUCGAGGGCCUCACUGGCUCCCUUUUCGACGUUUUCCUUGCCCCAUACUUCCGCGAAGCCUACCGACCGGUAAAGCAGGGCGACCUGUUCAUCGUCCGUGGUGGUAUGAGGCAAGUCGAGUUCAAGGUUGUCGAGGUGGAUCCUCCGGAAUAUGGUAUCGUGGCUCAGGAUACCGUCAUUCACUGUGAGGGCGAGCCUAUCCAGCGAGACGAGGAGGAGAACAACCUGAACGAGGUCGGCUAUGACGACAUCGGUGGAUGCCGCAAGCAGAUGGCCCAGAUCCGAGAAAUGGUUGAGCUUCCUCUCCGCCAUCCUCAGCUCUUCAAGUCCAUUGGUAUCAAGCCGCCUCGAGGUGUCUUGCUCUACGGUCCUCCCGGUACCGGUAAGACUCUCAUGGCUCGCGCCGUUGCCAACGAAACCGGCGCUUUCUUCUUCCUCAUCAAUGGUCCUGAGAUCAUGUCCAAAAUGGCUGGUGAAUCCGAGUCCAAUCUGCGAAAGGCCUUUGAGGAGGCUGAGAAGAACUCACCCGCCAUCAUCUUCAUUGAUGAAAUCGAUUCCAUCGCCCCCAAGCGAGACAAGACCAACGGUGAAGUUGAGCGCCGUGUUGUGUCUCAGCUCCUUACCCUCAUGGACGGCAUGAAGGCUCGUUCCAACGUCGUCGUCAUGGCCGCCACCAACCGACCCAACUCCAUUGACCCGGCUCUGCGACGAUUCGGUCGUUUUGACCGUGAGGUGGACAUUGGUAUCCCCGACCCAACUGGCCGUCUGGAGAUUCUCCAGAUCCACACCAAGAACAUGAAGUUGGCCGAUGACGUCGACCUGGAGCAGAUUGCUGCCGAGACCCACGGUUACGUCGGUUCUGAUGUUGCCGCCCUCUGCUCCGAGGCUGCCAUGCAGCAGAUUCGUGAGAAGAUGGAUCUAAUUGACCUUGACGAGGAUACCAUUGAUGCCGAAGUCUUGGACUCCCUUGGUGUUACCAUGGAGAACUUCCGAUUCGCUCUGGGCGUGUCCAACCCCUCUGCUCUCCGUGAGGUCGCAGUCGUGGAAGUUCCCAACGUCCGCUGGGAGGAUAUCGGUGGUCUGGAGGAAGUCAAGCAAGACCUCCGAGAGAGCGUCCAGUACCCCGUCGACCACCCCGAAAAGUUCCUCAAGUUUGGUCUGUCCCCAUCCCGAGGUGUCCUCUUCUACGGACCCCCCGGUACCGGUAAGACAAUGUUGGCCAAGGCUGUCGCCAACGAGUGCGCUGCCAACUUCAUAUCCGUCAAGGGACCUGAGCUGCUCAGCAUGUGGUUCGGUGAAUCUGAGAGCAACAUCAGAGACAUCUUCGACAAGGCUCGAGCGGCUGCUCCUUGCGUCGUCUUCCUCGACGAGUUGGAUUCUAUCGCCAAGGCUCGUGGUGGCUCUGUGGGCGAUGCUGGUGGUGCCUCUGACCGAGUUGUCAACCAGCUUCUGACUGAAAUGGACGGCAUGACCUCCAAGAAGAACGUUUUCGUCAUUGGUGCUACCAACAGACCCGAGCAGCUCGACCCUGCUCUCUGCCGUCCUGGUCGUCUGGACUCGCUCAUCUACGUGCCUCUUCCUGAUGAGCCUGGCCGUCUUGGUAUCCUCAAGGCCCAGCUGCGCAAGACUCCCGUCGCUGCCGACGUUGACCUCGGCUACAUUGCUGCCAAGUCUCACGGCUUCUCUGGUGCCGAUCUGGGCUUCAUCACCCAGCGCGCCGUCAAGAUUGCCAUCAAGGAGGCCAUCACAGCCGACAUUGAGCGUACAAAGGCUCGCGAAGCCGCCGGCGACAAUAUGGAUGUUGAUGAGGAAGCUGAGGACCCUGUUCCUGAGCUGACCAAGGCCCACUUCGAGGAGGCCAUGCAGAUGGCUCGCCGAUCCGUCAGUGAUGUCGAGAUUCGCAGAUAUGAGGCCUUUGCCCAGCAGAUGAAGAACGCUGGCCCUGGUGCCUACUUCAAGUUCCCUGACGGAGCCGACGGUGCUGCCGGUGGCGACGCUGGCAACGCCUUCGGUGAUGCCGGUAACGACGACGAUCUCUACGACUAA